AUGAAGGGCAGCUCAAUCUUCCAAUUUAAAGGAUGGCCCAAAAUCCACCAGCCGCUACCACGUACUCCGCGUGAAUCCCAGCAGCUCCUCAACGCUCUCACCUCCUCCUUUCGCCGUCAACUCGACCAUGCAUACCCGGCAUCCCAUGUCCCCAACCACAAAGGGGAUCGACAGUUGUUGAAUACCGAGUCUUCGGCGCAUGCGACGGACAAGCAUCUGCAUGAUAUUCUGGACAGCCCUUUGUUUCGACUUGUGCCUCAAAAACUCCCGCCCGUUGAUCGGCCGAGCGAUGAGAAGAUACGAAUGGCAGAAACACCCAUGGUUGUAUUUGAUGAGCUUGUAGCUUCUGGUUCAGUCACUGUACCAGCUGCCGUCGCCUGCUUGAAAUCCCAACUUCUCCUUGCGCGAUCACCUGAUGAUCACGGAGUCAGCGAGGCCAUGGACGCCUCAAAAGCCGCUUCCAAGGUAGUAAAAUGGGUUUGGGCUACGGACGACGAUUCUAGACUGGCAUCUUUGCAAUCGCGGGCCUUUACCGGCGCUUUGACCAAGUUCAUGGCUGCUGAGGGCAUUCAUAGCACCACCGCAUUGGAUUGGCUGCGACUGUUAAUUAGUCAAAAAGUACCGGCCAGACAGGCUUUCACUCACCUCCUUGAAAAUUUCCUGGAUGCUGAGGUCCGGUACGGGCAUGGUUUUGGCUCGGCUUUGGAGUUCUACUUGCAGGUAUGCAAGUUGUGCAUUGCAUCUCCCCAAGCCAACGUGUCCGCCCGAUCACUGCUGGUGGCAGCAGGUGCUCAACUUAACCGGAUAGCCAUGGACCGGAAGCCAUCCGUUGAAAGUGUCUCAAUCGACCUGUAUGAACAUUAUAUGGACGUUAUCGCUACCUUCGCUUCAAAUCGGUCACUACUCUUCAGCUCUGUGGCAGUCUGUCAUCCCGCAAAGCCCGACCCACGACCUUUUAUUCGCCUCGCGGAAACUUGCACGCCGAGCAAGUUCCAGAAAUAUAAUGCAGUCAGGCAAGAUGCCUUCCUUCGAAUUGGGUGUGACGCUCUCCGCAUACUCAUGGUCGACCAAGAUGACUACCGAAGUGCCACCAACCUGGCUCAGCAAAUGCAAAAUCUACUUCCCGAUACAACCAAAUCUACUGUGACCGAGACAACACGCAGCCACACCUCGCGGGAUGAGGACUAUCUACUCAGUCGUUUGGACUUAAACCUGACUUGA